AUGCACGGGGUGUCACUGCAGCGCUUUCCGGCGGCAGCCGGCGAAUCGGCUGAUCUUCCGCAGCUUUCCGGGCGGCGACGCGCGAGCGCCCGCGCAGCAGCAGCAGCAGCGGCAGCAGCAGCAGCAGCAGCAGCAGCAGCAGCAGCGGCUCUUCUUCCGUCCGCGUUCUCCGCUGCAGCCUCAGCCCCUCCAGCCCUGGCCGGCCUUCUGCUGCUCAGCUGCGGGAACGCCCUUAAGGGCGCUGCGUCGAACCCGGCAGCAGCACCAGCAGCAGCAGCAGCAGCAGCAGAAACGGCCGCAGCAAAGGCAGCUAAAGCGACAGCGGCAGCAGCAGCUGCUGCCGCGACCUGCGAAGGAGCGACGCUGCGGGGCAGACGCGUCGAGCAGCAGCAGCAGCAGCAGCAGCAGCAGCGGCUGCAGCAGCGGCUGCAGCAGCAGGGGCAGCAGCAACACCGUUCGCUGCAGCGCCACCAGCAGCACCGCAGCCGCAGCCGCAGCCGCAGGGAGAGCAGUAGAACUCGCGGCACUAGCAGCAGCACUAGCAGCAGCAGCAGCAGCUGCAGCAGCAGCAGCAGCAGCAGCAGCAGCAGCAGCAGCAUUUGUUUGGCUAUGGAUGAAUUUUCAGCAGCAGCAGCAGCAGCAGCAGCAGACCCGGCCAAAGUGGUGUGGCACUCGCUCGGGCUGCCGCACUUCCGCAGCAGCAAAGUGCAAGAUGUGCUGGAGCACUGGCAUGUGGAAGCAGCAGCAAACUUGCUGGAGUCUUUUCAUUUGCAAGAGUUGCUGCGGAGUUACUUGACAGCCCUGGACUGGGCGGGGCAGCUGUUUGCGCAGCAGCAGCAGCAGCAGCAGCAGCUGCAGCAGUUCACGCGGGACACCGUUGCUGCUGCUCUCGACGUGGACGCCUGCAGCAAAAGGCUCCUCUACCUCUCCGCAGUCCCUCUUGUUGCUGCUAAGUCUUCAGAAGCUUUUGAUGUCGAAGCAAGAAAGACAAAGACUCUCCAUGUCUUGGGAGUCCAGAGUGUGCUGCGGGGCCGUUUGCUGCUGCUGCUGCGGCUGGUCCGCGACAGCAGCAAGUUCCUCUGCAGCGCGCUCACGCAGCAGCACCUCCAGCUGCAGCAGCAGCAGCAGCUGCUGCUGCAGCAGCAGCAGUUCCCCGCGCAGCAGGCGCACUUCCCGCUGCAGCAGCAGCACGAGCUCUCGCUCCCGCUGCAGCAGCAGCAGCAGCAGCAGCAGCAGCAGCAGCAGCAGCAGCUGCUGCUGCUGGGGGCCUCGCCCGCGAAGGUGCUGCUGCCGUUCUCGCGGCUCUCCCGCUACGCCCUGGACUCCCUGGAGUAUCUGCUGCAGUACUUCGCUGACUUAGCUGCUGCUGCAGCAGGAUCUGCUGUUUUCCCGCUGCUGGUGACCCGCACUUACAGCAGACUCCACCGCAGCCUGCAGACAGCAGGCCAGUUCUUUGCUGCUGCAGUCCACGCCCACAAGAUAGCCCUCGCGCUGCAGCAGCAGCUGCAGGCCCUCAAGGACCAGCGCCGCCUCGCUGCUGCUGCCAGCAGCAGCAGCAGCAGCAGCAGCAGCGGGGGGGGUGGGGGCGGGGCUGCUGCGGGCGGCAAGCCGCGCUGA